AGUUUCCAAGUUUCGAAUGAAUGCCUAAAGGUUUAUCUAAGAGAAGAUUAUGAGCCCCCUAGCGCCUGGGGGAAGAGCAGUCUAAAAUGAGGAGAGGUAGGGGCAGUAAGGCAAUGAAGGGAUUGGAAGAAGAGGGGAGGAAGGAAGAAGAGAUGAACUAGGGGAGAUCUGGGGAGCCUGAGCUAGGGAAAAUUGAAAGGAUCAGGAAAGAUCUGGGGCAAUCUGAAGAGGCAGCUAAUAGGAAGAGGUGUGAUGAAGAGAGAGCAUCCAGAGCUGAUUCAGACUCCUUCAGCUUUUGGCCCUCUUGUCCACUCUCUGUGUCAUCAUUCACCUCCUCUCGGGGGUGGCGGGUCUGGGAGGGAGAGGGUGGGGGUGGCCUCUUGCCUUGCCUGGAGCUUUAACCUGGUGGUGUGUUCGCCUCCCCUCAGUCAUGUCUGAGCCACAGAAAUGGGCAAGAUCGAGAACAACGAGAGGGUGAUCCUCAACGUGGGGGGGACCCGGCACGAAACCUACCGCAGCACGCUGAAGACCCUCCCGGGGACCCGCUUAGCUCUACUUGCCUCCGAACCCCAGGGAGAUUAUUUGACUGGAGGCGAUGAGCAGCAGUCCUCGCCCCCUCCCCCGACGCCCCCCGCUCCGCCCCUGCCGCCAGGCUCAGCUGGAGGCUGUUUCGAGGGCAGCGCGAGCAAUUGCAGCCCCCGGGGCGCCCACGGAGGCGGCGGCGGCAGCGGCCAUGAGUUCUUCUUCGACCGGCACCCUGGGGUCUUUGCCUACGUCCUCAACUACUACCGCACGGGCAAGCUGCACUGCCCCGCCGACGUGUGUGGACCUCUGUUCGAGGAGGAGCUGGCCUUCUGGGGCAUCGACGAGACCGACGUGGCCUGCUGCUGGAUGACCUACAGGCAACACCGAGACGCGGAGGAGGCGCUCGACAUCUUUGAGACCCCAGACCUUAUUGGCGGCGACCAAGGCGAUGACGAGGACCUGACUGCUAAGAGGCUGGGCAUCGAGGAGGUGGCUGGGGUGGGGGGCCCAGAUUGCAAAGCCGGCCGCUGGAAAAGGCUGCAGCCUCGGAUGUGGGCUCUUUUCGAGGAUCCCUACUCUUCUCGAGCCGCCAGGUUCAUUGCUUUUGCUUCUUUAUUCUUCAUUCUGGUUUCAAUCACAACCUUUUGCCUGGAGACCCAUGAGGCUUUCAAUACCAUCAUAAACAAGACAGAACCAGUGAUCAAUGGCACAAAAGUUGUUCUACAGUAUGAAAUUGAAACGGAUCCUGCCCUGACGUAUGUAGAAGGAGUGUGUGUGGUGUGGUUUACAUUUGAAUUUUUAGUGCGUAUUGUUUUUUCCCCAAAUAAACUUGAAUUCGUCAAAAAUCUCUUGAAUAUCAUUGACUUUGUGGCCAUCCUACCUUUCUACCUGGAGGUGGGACUCAGUGGGCUCUCCUCCAAAGCUGCUAAAGAUGUGCUUGGCUUCCUCAGGGUGGUGAGGUUUGUCAGGAUUCUGAGAAUCUUUAAACUGACCCGCCAUUUUGUAGGGCUGAGGGUGCUUGGACACACUCUUCGAGCAAGCACUAAUGAAUUUUUGCUGCUGAUAAUUUUCCUGGCACUAGGAGUUUUGAUAUUUGCCACCAUGAUCUACUAUGCUGAGAGAGUAGGGGCUCAACCUAAUGACCCUUCAGCUAGUGAGCACACACAGUUUAAAAAUAUCCCCAUUGGUUUCUGGUGGGCUGUGGUGACCAUGACCACUUUGGGUUAUGGGGAUAUGUACCCACAGACAUGGUCAGGGAUGUUAGUAGGGGCUCUGUGUGCUCUGGCUGGGGUGCUGACGAUAGCCAUGCCUGUGCCUGUCAUUGUCAACAAUUUUGGAAUGUACUACUCUUUGGCAAUGGCGAAGCAGAAACUUCCAAGGAAGCGAAAGAAGCAUAUCCCUCCUGCUCCUCAGGCAAGCUCUCCUACAUUUUGCAAGAUGGACUUGAAUAUGGCCUGUAACAGCACACAAGGAGAUCCAUGCCUGGGCAAAGACAAUCUAUUGCUGGAUCAUAACCGAUCAGUGUUAUCAGGUGAAGACAGUGCAGGAAGUGAGCGGCCAUUGUCACCCCCUGAAAGGCUCCCAAUGAGACGCUCUAGUACCAGAGACAAAAACAGAAGAGGGGGAGCCUGUUUCCUACUGACUACAGGUGAUUACACGUGUGCUACCGAUGGAGGAAUCAGGAAAGGAUAUGAAAAAUCUCGAAGUUUAAACAACAUAGCGGGCUUGGCAGGCAAUGCUCUGAGACUCUCUCCAGUAACAUCACCCUACAGCUCACCUUGUCCUCUGAGACGCUCUCGAUCUCCCAUCCCAUCCAUCUUGUAAACCAAACUGCACCAGGAGGCUAAAUUGCAUCAAUUCAAGUACUGUUUACCACAUAAUGGAAAUAAUUAAAUGUAGCAUUACUGUAGGCUCCACUAAUAUAAUAGAAAUCCUGCAUGAUACUACUAUUAUCAGAAGUCAGAAAUGCCACUUGGGUAGCUAAUGAGUCUCAUCCUGACUCUUCAGAUUAUCUAAAGCAGUGCUUCUCUUCCUGCUCUGCACUAGUUUAUUGGCAAUUGUUUUCUGGCAAUAAAGAGACAGAUAGUGUGAGAUAUUGGCCAGUAUAUUCAAUAAAAUAAGCCUAUUUUCAGGGAGAUCUAUUUAAACCAAUGUGCUUCCAAAUGACUACCACUCCAUUGGACCUACCUUCAUUUCUUGUGAUGCUCUAAUUUCAUUCUGAAGAUGUCUGGAACACUGUCUUGAUUGCACAAAUUAUCAAUAUGACUUUGGUCAAAUCAUUUGCAUGGAACAUCCUGUCUCCAUCACCUGAAAGCAGUAUUACUGUAUAUGGGAAUCCUGGAUGGCUCUGGAUGCUUUCUUUCUUUUUUUUUUAGUGUUUUUUUCUCCACAUUGAACCAUCCUGCUGAUGCAAAAAGCAAUGGGCAAUGGUUCGCAUGUGGGGUGGGAGAGGGCAGAGGGAAAGGGUGAGGGUGGAGGGUAGGGUUUCUCUUUUCUUUUUCUUUCUAAUCCUUUGAAAGAAAAAUAUAUUUUAAAUGAUUUAUUUUUUAUUGCUUUUCAUCUUCUAAAAUGCUGUAAUGGAGUUCUGAAUGUCUCUGGUUAUUUGUACACAGAUAACUGCAAAGAGGUUGUCAUUACUGGUUACACGCAAGCAGAGGCCAGAUCUCUAACUUAAUGACUUGGGGAAGGCACAAAACAUGAAAGAAAGGUAAAUGCCAGCCAGGCUUGCAGUAUUAUUAUUUUUUUAGCAAGGAAAGGCUACUUGGUACUAUAGCCAUUUCCCCCCCAUCCCCAAAGAAGCCUAGUGCCAAGUCACAACCCAAAGGACCUCUGCUCCUUUUUGGGGGGGUGGAGUGGGUGGGGGGUGCAAAUGUAGAAGGGCAGAGGUCUUUUUAAAGGAAUUUCUUUGACCAGCCUUAAAUCUGUGACCUCCUGGGUCCAUAAGAAUUUCAGGCAGUGUUUUUUGCAGGUGCUUUGUCCUGUAUGUUGUUUCUGUCUGUCUGUCUAACUGCCUGUCUCAACUGUAAACUUCAUCUAUCUCCAUAAAGCACAGAGAUGCCUUAGGGGGAAAAAGGCUUCUAUCUUUUAGUCCCAGGUUUUCUCUUUUCCCCCUAUUCACUCCAGCCACCAUUCUUCAUAUGCAAGUUAAUAAUGUCCUUUAGACUAUUUAGCCUAACAUGCACUAUGAAUGGUUUUGAUAAGGAGGAUUUAAGUCGAGGUUUGUGGUUUGGUUUUUUUUGGUUGUUGUUUUGUUUUGUUUUGUUUUCAUUUAUUUGUUUGUUUGUUUUAACUUUUUGCACUCAGUUGCAGCUGGAAUGUCAGUUCUACUCCUUAGCAACCAGCAUUCAUCACCACACUCCAACUAAGUCUCCGGGGAGUCAUAUUUAGUCUGCAAGGGAUAGAGCCUCUUUACUCGUCGCUCUGAAUCAAAUAGCAAUAUCAGAUGUAGUGUUUAAGGAUGAUGAGGGGGUGAAAGGGCAAGGGAAAAAGAGGAGGAAGUAGUUCUUCUGAGGCAGACACCAUCCCUGGCAUCGAUGAAUAAUACCUGCUUCUCAUAUGUUUAUUUUUGUUAGGAACACAAUGACCACUUUUCUUGUUGACCAUGUAACAUGUAUUAAAUCGAUAUCUAGAAGCCCUAGAGCAUGAACUGCAUGUCAGAAUCCUUGUACAAAAGUGUAUUUACCUAAGCAUACAUUUCUGAUAUUUAGAGAUGUACACUGAUGAAUCUUGCUCAUGUCACCUGUAAACAGAUAACUAUCAACAGCUUUCUAGCAAAGGAAUAUUAAUACACUGUCUGGUGCUGCUGUUAUUGACUGCAGUGUUACCCAGACUUUUUCAUGGAUUUUUGACUGCUGACAAGGGACAAUGGAAUUUAGCCAUACCAAGGACUAUACUGGAAAGAGAUUCCUGCUGCUGCUGCUGCUGCUGCUGCUGCUGCUGCUGCUGCUGAAUGGGCUCUGAUAAGCAUGCUAUGCCUUGAAGAGGUCCCUGCAUCUUCACUUGGAUUUAAAGAUGACUAAAGGAUGAUGGACUGAACUCACUCGCUGCUCCCAGCGUGAGAAGGCUGCCAGUGAACUAACCAGUGUUGAUGACCCCAUUGUAAAUAAAUUUUAAUAAAAGAAACACAGCUCAUGCAUGGGAUAUCAAGCUUUGGUCAUCUCAUAUCAAGAGUAGCUGAAUUGUGUGGUCAUCAAUGGUUUCUUAGACCACUUGCAAAAGCCCACGCUUCUGUGUAUUUCCUCAUUGGCCUCUCCACACCCAGUAGGUUGUGCGCUGAAUCUAAGGCACAUGCAGUGAUGUUAACUUCAUGUCUAUGUCUUAAUUUUCCACGCAUCUACAGUAUUUUUUGGUAAAAGAUAAUUCAUAAACAUUAUCCCUAUCUUUUUUUGUUAGAAACCAUUGACAUGAUUAUAUUUGUUAAUUUCAAGUGUCUAUGAAAAUGUACCUCUUUUCUUUUUCAUUUGUUUGAGAAAACAACUGUUAUGGCUGGAAAAAAUGUCACUUAAUUUGUUCAUAGUAUAAAAGUCUUUUUCCAUUGUUACCUCAGAAUAUAAAUAUUAUGAAAAAAUAAACUUCUGGCAAGUGAGAAUAUUUUUUUAUUAUAAUAACAUGGAGCAACAUCAGUAAAUAGUGAAAUAUGUAAUCAAAUUAUAUCUUAAAAUGUAUAUUUUGCAUAAGAGAGAUAUUCUUUGAUCAAUUAUUCUUUGUGAGUUUUGUGGUAACUGAAGCUAGUCUAUUCUAUGUCUCUGAAGCUUUGUAGUUGAAACUGUUAUAAGACUAUUUCAUCUUGUUGAAUGAACAUCUCCAGAAUCUGUUAGUCACCCUGGGAUUCUUGAUAUAAAGACCUAUCCCAAUUAUGAAACUCUGUAUUGUGGACCUUUUGUGAACAUUUCAAAGUGCAUGUACAACCUUGGUGAAAACCAAUGAUAAUGUAACUAACUGAAAUGAAGAAUAAAGGGUAAAUGAGUUGGGGAUGAA